AGAUGGCGGCGGCCGCCAUGACGCUGCUCUACUCUCCUCCUCCGACUCUGAUCUAGUUGUUGUUCUUCCUGCCGUGGCGUCACACUCGCAUUUAUUACCCUCAUUUCCUCCCCCAUGAUGGAAGCUUGAUGGUGACAUAACUGGCAGUGAUGGUAGUGCUGCCCUGCGUCAUGUCUCACGUCAUAAGAGAGAUGAUGAGUGAAGGCGGAGGAUUGUUUGAGUGCCACAAACAGUGCCAGAGUGACACUGGCGGCAGUGCCAGGACCAUCACUCGCCGGGUGUGCCUGCCACCACGUGAGGAUGAUGGUGGUGACGAUGAUGAUGAUGAUGAUGAUGAUGAUGACAAUGAUGAGAGCUUCUCAACAACAGGCCUACAAGCUUUGGAGACAAGCAAUGAUGAAUCAGGAGGCCUAGAGGCCUUGGAGGGAAACAAGGAAGUGUCAGAAGCAAGUACUGACGCUAUCAAAGAUACCACAGUAGUGUCAGAAGCAAGUACUGGCGCUAUCAAAGAGUGCAGUGCCACUGAGGAUAGCAGCAGACUGGUAGAGAUGCUGGUAGGAAAGACUACCACUACCACCACCACCACUACCACCACCACCAGUACCACCACCACCACUACCACCGCCACCAGUACCACCAGUACCACCACCACCAGUGCAACUACUACCAGUACAACUACCAGCAAUGCUUGUACUACCAGCCUGGAGUCACUACCACCAUCGUCUGCCUUGACACUACCAUCGUCGGGGGUUCGAAUCCCCGACGAUGAACUGACUUCACUCUCCUGGCUCCAGGACUCCAACCUCCUGCGUGGUGAGUCCUCCUGA